AAAAAGAGAAAACAAAUAAAUUAAAAGAAAAAAAAAUAAUCUGAAACGCGGUUUCUACGAUUAUUGGAGAGUCAAAACCAGGCAUGGUGUUGGUGAGAGAGUCUAAAAAAAUCGAUCGAAAGCUCAAAAACUCUAUCUUUCCCCACGAACCCUAGAUGAGUUUGUAAUCGUCAAUCAUUCGAUUUCAAGAUUUAGUCUCAAAGGUUUUAUUUUUGUGUGUGUGUCUCAAAUGGAGAAUCGUAAAGGUGGAAACUUUAGCGUAUCUAGCUCAGAAGCUUUGACCACGACGCUCCGUAAUGCGAUCCAAGCUCUGGGUCGUGGUUUCGAUGUUACCUCUGAUGUUCGGCUUCUCUACUGCAAAGGAGCUCCUGGGUCAAGACUUGUCCGUAUCGAAGAAGGACAAAACAGAGAUCUUGAGUUGUCUGAUGGAUAUCUUCUUCCUAAUGUCCCAGCUGAUAUUGAGUGUUCACGAGGCAGAAAUAGUAUUCAACGAAUCCCUGUUUGCAGUUUCCACCAGAUGGCAGAAUAUUUCAAUGAGAGAUCAGGUGUAAAAGGGAACAUACCACUCGGAUGCUUUAACGCAAUGUUCAAUUACACGGGUUCUUGGCAAGUCGAUGCAGCAUCCACAAAAUCUCUUGCUCUUGUUGGAUAUUUUAUCCCGCUUUAUGAAGUCAAAUUGGCAAAGCUUACAUUGGUAUUGCACAACGAGAUCAGACGUGCUGUUCCUUCCUCAUGGGAUCCCGCUUCCUUAGCUAGCUUUAUUGAAAAUUACGGCACUCAUAUUGUAACUUCGGUGACCAUUGGUGGAAGAGACGUAGUUUACAUUAGACAACAUCAGUCUUCUCCUUUACCGGUAUCUGAAAUCGAAAACUAUGUGAAUGACAUGAUGGAGCACAGGUUUCAUGAAGCGGAGAGUCAAUCUAUUACCGGCCCCUUAAAAUACAAAGACAAGGAUAUCACAGUAAUAUUUAGGCGUAGAGGAGGCGACGAUCUUGAGCAAAGCCAUGCUCGAUGGGCUGAGACAGUACCUGCAGCUCCAGACAUUAUCAACAUGACUUUUACUCCUAUUGUUUCUCUGCUUGAAGGUGUGCCUGGUCUGCGGCAUUUGACUCGUGCUAUCGAACUUUACUUAGAAUAUAAGCCUCCUAUUGAAGAUUUACAAUACUUCUUGGAUUUCCAAAUAGCUCGAGCUUGGGCUCCCGAACAGAGUAACCUCCAACGUAAAGAACCUGUUUGUCCUUCUCUUCAGUUCAGCUUAAUGGGUCCCAAACUAUUCAUCAGUGCCGAUCAGGUAACGGUUGGGCGUAAACCAGUCACAGGUCUCAGGCUGAGCUUAGAAGGAAGCAAACAAAACCGUCUCUCCAUCCAUUUACAACACUUAGUCUCUCUCCCCAAAAUCCUGCAGCCGCAUUGGGACUCUCACGUGCCAAUAGGUGCACCGAAAUGGCAAGGACCAGAGGAGCAAGAUAGCCGCUGGUUCGAGCCAAUUAAGUGGAAGAACUUCUCUCAUGUAAGCACCUCGCCUAUCGAACACACUGAGACCCACAUCGGCGAUCUCUCGGGUGUUCACAUUGUCACCGGAGCUCAGCUCGGGGUUUGGGAUUUCGGAUCAAAAAACGUCUUGCAUUUGAAAUUACUAUUCUCUAAAGUCCCCGGUUGUACAAUAAGACGGUCCGUCUGGGACCACACUCCGGUUAGUUCCUCAGGGAGACUGGAACCCGGAGGUCCAUCUACAUCGAGUUCGACCGAGGAAAAGAAAGAGGACGUGUCAGGACAAUCAGGGAAACUGGCCAAGAUCGUGGAUUCGUCAGAGAUGUUGAAAGGACCAAAGGAUCUGCCUGGACAUUGGCUUGUCACUGGAGCAAAGCUAGGCGUGGAAAAGGGUAAGAUUGUAUUGCGUGUGAAGUAUUCGUUGCUAAAUUAUUGAGAGAUUUAGAUGAGUUCUUGUUUUCCCGGCGGCCGGAAAUAUUAUCCCGUCAGCAUUCUUUGCACAGCGAAUCUUUCUUGUACAUGUGUCGGUUGCUUAUGGGAACCGUUCAGUUUGGUUCGGUUUCUACAUUAGAUUGGUUUGGUUUUUUGGUUUUGGUUGAAUUUUUGUCCGGUUGGGUUUUGUAGACAAUUUUAAUUAAAUCAGAGAUGUAAAUAUGUAGUUGGACUCAACA